AUGGAACACCUGGGCAUUCAAGCCACCGUCCUUACCCCGGCAUCCGGGGAGACAUACACCGACGCCCUCAAACGGCUUUCCGACCUCUCUUCGCUCCCAGCUGGAUACAUCAUUCAGCCCGAAACAUACGCCGACAUCCCCCCAGUUCUCGCCCACGCUGCAUCCCAGUCUCCACCCCUCGAGAUCGCGGUCAAGUGCGGCGGCGCGCACUCGUCCACCUGGGCAAGCACCGCGGGCGGCAUUGUCAUCGACCUCGGUAAACUGAAGGCCGUCACGCUCGCGGAAGACAAGAAGAGCAUCACCGUGCAGGGCGGCGCGCUUUGGGGCGACGUAUACGAGGUCACCGCAAAGGAGGAGGUUGAUGUGGUCGGAUCACCGCUCUGGUUCGUUGGGGUCGGAGGGUUCACGCUGGGAGGGGGCUAUGGCCCGUUGAGCGGCGAGUAUGGGCUCACGAUCGACAACAUGCUCGCCGCGACGGUCGUGCUCGCGGAUGGGCGCAUCGUCAAGACGAGUCGGGAGGAGGAGCCGGACCUGUUUUGGGCCAUUCGCGGCGGUGGUGGACAGUUCGGCAUUGUCGUCGAGUUCGUUUUCAAAGUCCUUCCUUCCGUCGGGCCAAUCUCGGCGGGCUUCAUGGCGUUCCCCGGCUCGGCCGUGGAGAGCCUCGCCAAGACACUCAGCGUAUCUUGCGCUCUACAGGAAUGGCAGAGCACUCAGUCCGGUGCAGAGAGGUUGAUGGUCCAAUUUUCUCGCGCACCACCACACUUUAAGCCCGGCGUCGUAGUCAUUCCCCAGGUCUUCCACGAUACCGACGGCUCCCGCGCUACCACCGUCCUUGAACCCCUUAUGAACGGCACCCGGGUCGCGCCUGUGGUCGCAAAGGUCGGCCCCACCCCGGACAUGAACACUCUCUCGCAUGCCGCAGACGCUGGAAUGGCGAAAGCACCGAAGCGACUUGUCAUUCGCGGCGCGUUCCUCUCACGUCUCGACCCAACCCUUUUCGUGGAGACCUUCAAGCGCUGGGCGGAGUUCACCGAGACCGAGGACGUCCGCGCGUCUGGAGUCAUCUUCGACAUCACGAGCCCCGCGGCUCUGGUGAAAGUGCCGAAAAAUGACGCCGCGCUCGGAGUACGGACACCGCACUACUGGGCUGCGGUUCAGGGAAGGUCCACCACGGACGAGUCCGUCCCAGCUGCGCGCAAGUUUGCGGAUGAGCUGUCUGAGUUCAUGCGCGAGCGGAACGCAGAGCUGUCGGGCGAGAAGCUCCCGUGGAUGUAUAGCAUGUGCCACGGAAGCGAACGGCCGGAGGACGUGUGGGGCGAUCACCUGGAGCGUCUGCGGAGGCUUAAGGCGAAAUAUGACCCCAAGAAGGUGUUCUCGAAGGGCGUCGUCAUCGAGCCUAUCUUUGACUGA